AUUGACACACAGAAGACACACAUGUACACACACAGCACCAAAUCGGCACAGAGCCGCCUCGUUUCAGGUGUCCCAUCUAUCCGUCCGUCCAUCCAUCCAUCAUGUUUCAUUCAUGGAGGCUUUGUCCUCUUGGGUCUUCGUCGCAUCGGCCCCUCCCCACCAGCCCCUCCCACGUCAUCCCCCCGUGGCUGCUGCCUGUUGGCACGUGCUGGUGCUGCUGGCGGUGCCUCACUCGGCUGCCGUGACAGCAUGUCUUCUAUGUCGUCUUCACUCAUGCCCUCAGUCACGUGAACUGCACCACACACACACACACACACACCACUCGUCGUACGAUGCUGUGAGCUGGUGCGCUGCUUACAGUGGACUGUGUUUCCGAAGUCUUUGGUCAUCUGGCCGUCCUCGCCGAAGAGCCUCUCCAGGUCGCCGGCCAUCAUCUGCUGGAAACGAUCGCUGACGGCCUCUGCUUCAUCGUCGCUGUCGUCGUCGUCGCGUGGGGAGGAUUCCCCUUCCUCAUCAAUAUUGUCAUCUUCUUCCUCAUAGCUCUUCUCGUCAGCAGCACGCGCCCGAGCAGCUGAGGAGCGACACAGACACACAGAAGUCAAGAAAACAAUGUGUGUGUGUGUGUGUGUAUGUGGUGUGUGCCGAUCGACUGACUGACCAUCUCUUAUCCUCGGUGGCCUCCUGGGUAAUGAUGUGUCAGCUGGUGCUGGUGACGGCGACGCUGAUGGUGACGAUAACGGUGGUAUGUCAGGCCUGUCCUCCACAUCCACAAACUCAUCAUCCCCCUCAAUCCACCGAGAGAAAUCCAUCGGCUGCUCCUCAUCAUCUCCCAUCUCGGCCUCGAUCUCGUCAAGGCCUUUUUCCAGCUCGUCAAUGUCAUCGACGCCCCCGCCGCCUUUCUCGAGAAGCGACAGCAGCGCCUCGUACUGCUCCUCAUUCAACUCGGACGUGUCGUCGCCCACAAUGCCGCUGGACAGCCUCUCCAAAUCCAGCUUGAUGUCUUCAUCCGAGAACUCCUCGGGAUAGCCUUCACGCUGGGAUUUGGCAGCGGCCUCAGCAGGUUCUUCCUCUCGUUCUUCCUCGUCGUCGAGCUGAUCGUCGAGGUCUGUGUCGCCAUCGUCGCGCAGCAGGUAGGGGAGGGCGGCUGGGAGGGAGGACGAAAGCGAGAUGACCUCGUCGCUGAUGCGUCAAUGGAUGGGCACACACACCCAACAGAUAUACAGGCAGGCAAGUCAGCAGACUGUGCACAUGGGGGCAGUCAUUGCCUUUCUGUCUGUCGCUGUUCACCUGUCCAUGGACAGCAGCCAGGUCAGGUUGUCGGCGAGGCCCUCCUUUGCGGCUUGUUCCGUGAAGCCGUCAUCACUCAAUACAGACGAGGGCAGCAGAAUGCGAGCAGACGGACCGACGGUGUCGAGCAGCUGCGCACACACCCAACCCAACCCGCACACGCACACGCAGGCGCAAUCAUGUAUUCAUCAUGCUGGCCGAUCGCUCGUUGCUGCGUACCUGUUUCACUGACUCGACAGAGGGCGCCUCCGACACUGAAGACACAAAGGCACAGACAGGCAAAGCAUCACAGCACAUCACAUCCAUCGGUAUAUAAAUCCUCCUUCCCGUCCUUACAUGCAACACCAACGACUUCCAAGUUCUGGCCUCUCUCCACAGCCUGCUCGACCAGUGCCAUCCCAUCAGCGUCCAGUCUUGUGAGCUCCAGCAUUACUCUCCCCAGCUGGCCGCCCCCCUCUGUGUCAUCCUUUUCAACCUCCUGUUCCCCUGCCAGGUCCUCAAAGCCCCCCGAUCCUCUCGUGGCCGGAUGUGGCAACGAUGCUGGCCGUUUCUUCCCCAGGAAGCGGGCGCGUGAGGCGCUCACCCGCCGAGGCCUCCAAGGCAGAGAGGCCUGGAUGGAGAGAAGGAGACAGAGGGCUGAGUGCAUUGUAUGUCAGAUCGUCUUGCCCGUGUCGGUGGAUACCUCUUUGCCUGCCAGGACGCCAUCGAUGGCCGCCAGUGUGUCGAUUGAAUCGACCAGGAGGCAGGGGAGGGCCAUCCCCGCGUCGCCGCUGCCGUCUUUCAUGAAGGGGCUGAUGACCCUCUGGACGCGCUUGGUGUUCAGAGAGCCGGUCACACGAACGACAAACUGACAGUCGUCCUCUACGUAACACACACCCAACCACAUGGACACACACGUACAGCACUGAUACGCAUCGGUGCCUCUCCAUCGAUCUCACCCACCGAAGUUGUCUUGCAGCUGCUUGACUUGCCUGCCUCCCUGCUCCAUGAACACCCGCCAUCCAUAGUCGUAGGCAAUGUCACCGUAGAGGGCUGCCGUGCGGGACAUGUCCAUGACCGCGGGGAGGGUGCCGCUUGUGCCCACCGAUGGGAAGCGCGAGAGUAUCUGGCCCUUGGUGUGGGCUAACACGCGGUCCCACGCCAUGACGGCCUCCUCAGACACCCGCUCACCUUCCUCCACCUGAUGAAUCAGUUCAUGACACACAUCACAUGACAAGAGUGAUCAGGUCAUGCAUGUGUUGUGCUUGUGCAUCUCUCUCUUGUCCGUGUUGCCUUACCCCUAGUUCGCGCACGCGGACGUCUGACUGCUUGCCAGCCAUCACUGCGCGGCCACGAACAGGCCGCCCAGCACCAGGAGGACGAACAUGCGGCCGUAUAGGAAGCAGGAAUGAGGCUACUGACGGCGCGCGGAGGUGCGAUAGUGCCGCUGACGUCCCAGUGAACGGGGAAACCACAGCGAUGAAAGCGGGGAUGAGUCGAUACGCCAGCAGAACCAUCAGGAAUCGAUGAGGCCGCUCUCCAAGUCCACGAUGCUGCUUAUUCAUCCCAGAUCUUCC